AUGCAAAGUCUCAAUCUUGUUGCAUUGCUUUUGUUAUGUAGCGGCUCAGCCAUUCUAGCCCAGAAUCCUUUAUCCAAAGCUUGGAACGAGGCUCUUCCUGGUGUUCAACCAUUUUGGGAAAAAUAUCAAACCGGACCACAUGGUGUUGUUAUCCGUGGUUGGCAAUUCAGUAGAUGUGCUAGUGAACAAUGGACUGACUACGUCGUGAACGUCUCCAAUAUCGUCAUUUGGCCAGAUUACCCUCGUUUCCCUGGACCAAUUUUCUUCAACGUAACUAUGGAUAUUUCUGAAGAACUACCAAUCGACAAAAUCGAAAUGGACCUUGAAGUUCGUCAUGCUGUUACUAACAAGGCUGGUUCAAAGGGCUGGCAAGUUAUUCCAUGUCAAGGAUGGAAUAUCAUUGAUGGAUGUGAUGGAGUCGGAUCUUGCCGCUAUUGCGAUAUGCUCGACAAAUGCAAUGAAGCUGUUAAGGGAGCUCACAAGUAUAUUAAGGAUAAGAAGGCCACUGAUUUCAUCAAUCAAAACAAACUCUGCCCUCCACCAAAGGGACAUUGGACUAUGACCUUCUCUAAAGUUUUUUCAUCAGAGGAUCUUCCCAAAUCUUUCUUCGGACCUCUCCAAUCUAACGAAUACUGGCUAACCUUCUCUUUCACUGAUGGACGUGACAAGAAACUCGGAUGUGCUAGACUCUGGGUUGAUGUAUGUAAAUAUCAUUUACAAGACAAGGCCCAAAAAUGUUUGAGAGAUCCAAAUGCUUUCAAGAACUUCAUUAACGAGAUCUCGUCCCAAGCCGAACAAAUCCGCAAUCGUGGAUAA